GUCAUGACGUUCGAUACGAAAGGUGCUGCAACGGCAAGCUACAAGGGUGAGAGCAAGGAGAUCCAAGAUAUCAAAUCGCGGAUGCCGACAAGAGGGCAGAUGGAGCAGAACAGGAUGCGUUACUCGGGCAAGGUCGGGGGAGAUGCAGACUCAACCUGCCCCGAGAAGUCGGGGAGUGAAGAUGAAGACAUGGGCUUUUUCUCCUUCCGCCACUCGAGAUCCGGGUCCUCCCGAGAGGACGCGAAUUCCAGAAGCCGAUCCUUGAGAAGAUCCUUUCAGAUGCCUGGGCAUCGGGGGAGGUCUCGCAGCAAGUCGCUUGACAGAGAGUCCUCCAUGGACAUCCGGUCCAGGUCGCGGUCGCAGGCUUUGGAGUCUCGUCGUAGCCCGGCUGAGGAUUUCCAAGAGCAGGAUCUGGAAGGGUUGACUCAACCUGAUCCUGUUGAGGAACCGGUGGCGGCGGCGGAGAAAGAGGUGCCCAAGCAGCCCAGUGGCAAGGGCAAGGGUAGGGGCAAGGCGAAGGCAGCGGCGAACAAGGGUUCUUCGCGGAUUCAGAAGAUUGUGAACAAGGCCCAGCAGUUGUUCGACUCUAAGCAGACGCAGCUUUCGGACAACAAUUUGUGGUCGGCGAAGACAAAGACGAGAAUGGUCCAGCAAGGGGCACAGGCUCUGGAGGACACAGCUGCCAAUCUCAUGCCGCACGGGGAGGAUGAUGAGUCUGCGAAGCAGCUUAUUGGUGAUAUGCUAGCCUUUGCGGAGGCCGCGAAGAAGAAGUAUGAGCUGUUCUCGCGGCUCAGAGCAGGCUUGGCAACUUGGCCAGACUCGGACCUGUCGUUGACUCAAGAGGUAGCAUCUGCACCCGAGCUUGGGUUUGUGCCAGAUUCGUGGUAUCACACGGUAUCACAGCCCAUGGCUGGGAAUGGGCUGCCUGUCGCCGAUGUGGUGUACAUCCAUGCCCGCUCGGUGCGGGAUGUGACGGUUCUGAUGAACCCAGUGUUCAACAUCUUCGUUCUUGGCGAUGAUCCACGAUGGCCGCCGUCCCCUCCAGCCACGGUUGAGCCACGGCCAGAAGAUGAGCGUCACUGCAGCAGUUCAGAUGAACCCGACAGCGAUGGCGAAUCUCCACCGGGCAGUGACAGUGAUGAUCACCUAGAGAGGCACCAGAAGAAGCGCAAGAAAACCAAGAAGGACAAGAAGUUAAAGAAGGACAAGAAGAAGACGGUGAGAGCACCCAAGAAGCAGCACCAAGGCGGAGAGGGCACUCGUCAGCGAUGGCACCGUUCCUUCAAGGCGACUUUGAGCUGUGGUGUGCAUAUCGACAUCGGGGAUGCUUGCUAUUGGCCAGUCGGUUUUGAUAUCGCUCGCACGCAGGAGCGCAGCCUGUUGGUCAGCCUCGCCCCCUCGAUGGUGGCUGACAUUUUGGUGAGCAACACCAGGGAGGUGCUGAAAGGAUUGGAGAAGGAUGAAGGGUCCAGCUACGCUUUUUUCCGGGUGCUGGCGAACGACAUGACGGAGCCAGCGGCGAUCAACAUGUCCAUCUAUGCGGACAGCUUCAGGAACAAGAGCACUGCACCGGGAACGGCCCGUGCUGUUGGGAGUCUCCAGCAGCAGCUCCUGAACAUGUUCUGGGACCGGCUCUUCCGCAUCAAGGAUGUUGCGUGUGUGAGGGCGCAGAUGGAAUCGUUGCCAGUCUCAACACUGGACCUGCCCAAGCUGCCUGCCAACUAUGAGCCGGAUGCGGUAGUCAUGCAGGGUGACGCGAAGUACUGUGCAAUGGUCAUGUUCGAGAUAGAGGUUGUACGAAGCAUGACGGUCCCCUUCGCGGAGGAGAGCGCCGCAUUGAAGCUGUGGUCUGCCGUGGUCAAUGCAUCGAAGAGAUGCCUGUCCAUGGAGAGCAUUCUCCAGCGGUGUGCUUCGGCGACACAAGUCGCAACAAAGGCCAAGGAUGCGAUCACCGACGUCGCAGCCUUCUUGGAGUGGGCCAGCAACGAAUCUCUUGUGGACGAGCUGCUAGCUGUGAGGACCUCUUUGGAGAGUGCCGAAGAGAUGAUGGCUGAAGCAGAUGUGCCAGCAGACUUGCGUAACGCCAACAGUGUGGUUGCCGAGCUUGUGAACAGUUUCGGGAACAAUGCCAUCGAGCUGUAUGCCGAGACGGUGGUUGAUGCGGCCCCAUGUACUGCGGACGCGGUGCAGGCUCGCAAGAACGUGAUCGAGGGUCGGCCGCUUUUUCUAGGACUGUGGAAGCUGAUGCGGUCGUAUGACACCAAUGCCAAGGCUUGGAUGGAUGUCAACGAGAAUCUGGCCAAGUGCUAUGCCUCCGCGACCAGUGAGGUGAUGCAGCUCCUCUCGAAUGUCGCCGCAGUCGAGCAUUCGCUGGAUGCAGCUUCCUUUAAGGCUGCUGCUACAAGUGUUCACAAGAUCCAGCAGAGCAAGGCCCAGCAGGUAGUUUGCGCUGCCACACAGAGCGAGCAGCAGGGCGACAUGGAGCAGGAGAAGGUCGACGUGCCAUCAUGCCUGCAGAUCCUUGCGACGAAGAUGUUUGCCACAAUCGCCGCACUUAAAGAUCGACCCGCUGAGUGGUUCAAGGCCCUGGUGCGGGCUCAGAAGCAUGGUGAGAUCUUGGGAUGGGACGCAUCGACUCGGUCCCAGCUAGGGUUUGCAGUGGAGAAGUUGGUGCGUGGCUUUGUGCUUGUGGAUGAUUUCCUUGGCAAGAAGAAGAGUGUGCCCUUCGCAGAAAAUAAGUGGUACACGAAAGCUUCGGUCAGGGAAUCUGCAACAGCAAUCUCCGACCUGAGUGCUCUCGCAGCCGAGAAUUCCGAAGCCAAUGAGCUGCCUGGUGUGCAAGACGCCUUGACGGCUUUGACGGCUCGUGCAACCGGAACAGUGGAGUCGUUGGUGCAUGAUAUGCGCAAAAUCAAGGAUGACAUCCGUGCAGUCUAUGACGACACAUGUGCAUUGGUGAAGGAUGUCGACGGCAUGGAUGAGGACAGCAGUGACUUCCCUGAGACGCUGAGGGCCAUAGUCGACAAGUACAACCAAAGCGGCAGCCCCAUGCAGGACUGUACGAGAGGUGCAUUGGAACUCAAGAAGCUGGAGGAUGUUGCCGAGGCGUUUCGGACUUGGUCAAAAGACUUCCCGGAGUGUGUGACGGCGGUGAUCAAGCAUUUGUCGGAGCAGCUGUCAGCAGCCCCUACAUCAUCGCAGGCUUUGUGUGGGGUCUACCAGACCAUGGCUAUGGAGAUCGUCGUGAGGGCAUCGGCCGUGCCAGCAGAAGACACAGAGGAAGCCGCGGUGACGGUGGAUCAGGUGCAGAAGGAUGCGCAAGGCCUCGGGAAAUUCAUGUCCGGCCAGUUGAUGCUUUCGAAGAAGGAGAUCGCGGGGAAGAUUCAGUUUCGCCUUGAAAAGGUCAUCAAGUCUGGGAAGGAUGCCAAGACGGGUGGCAAGGGCAAGAACAAGGGUGCCAUGCCGCCCCCGGCUACCACGCCGACGAGGCAUGGCUUCGAUUUGUCGAAGCUGGUGAUGGGAUGUGAUUUCCGUCGAUCUAUCUACGCUCGAAUGUGUGGUAAUGCGAUGUCGGUCCCGGUCAUUGGUGCUCUGCUGCUAGCGGUACUGAUGACCACUGGCUUGCGCGAUGAGUACAAAUAUCCGCGGUUGCACUUUCGAGCAAUAAGUGCUGCUGCGGAGCAGGAAGUGCCAGAUGAUGACGAUGUUCUUUCAGAUAAUAUGUCUGAAUCCGACGCUGAAAGCGACGAGUUGUGA